GAACUAGGAGGAUCCGCAGAGCGAUGAACUGCUCGGAUGCUUCGUUCGUCUGGCGUGAUGGAAAAAAACAUGUUGACCAGAAAAAUGGCUGACGUCGCAUCGGGUCUGAGAGCAGUCAGAGACAAGGUAGCAGCCGCAUCGUCGAGAAGACAUCCGGAAUUAGCGUAUUUCGAGCCUCGACUAGUUGCCGUGAGCAAAACUAAACCUGCCGCACUUGUGAUCGAGGCUUAUGAGGCGGGUCAAAGGCAUUUUGGUGAAAAUUACGUUAACGAAUUGUUAGAGAAGGGACACAACCCGGAUAUAUUAUCAAAAUGCAAGGACAUACGGUGGCAUUUCAUCGGCCACUUACAAAGCAACAAGAUAAACAAAGUCCUAGCCGUUCCAAAUUUGUACAUUAUCGAAACUGUACAUUCCAAACAGCUUGCGACUGGGCUGAACAAUGCCUGGCCAAAAUUUCGAAAAACUGAAGAGUCUCUGCUGAAGGUGAUGGUACAGAUAAACACAAGCGGCGAAGAAGAAAAAAAUGGCUGCCAACCGAACGAGGCUUCUAACUUGGUGAAACACGUGAUAGAGAAUUGUAAAAAUUUGAAAUUCACCGGUAUAAUGACGAUCGGAAAGUACGGUUACGAUCCCAGCGCUGGUCCAAAUCCGGAUUUCCUCAAAUUGAAAGAAUUGCACAGUAAGAUUUGCCAGGAAUUGAAUCUCGAUAGCAGAGCCGUCGAGCUUUCCAUGGGAAUGUCGAGCGACUACGAACAUGCCAUCGAACUCGGUAGUACAAACAUCAGGAUUGGAUCAUCGAUCUUUGGAUACAGACCCAAGAAAGGAGAAUGAAGGGGAAUCUCUGCAAAUGAUGUUCAAAACGCAUAAGUAACAGCACCGAAGAGAACCGAAGAAUACUUGAACCUGAAAUGUACUUGAUUUACGCUUACAGACACAAUAUGUUAUACGUAUAAUAUUAUCCGAAUCGUUUUGGGAGUACUAUGAAGAAUAGUCGGAACCGUUCGACAAACGCUUUAUUACAAUUGACCGCAAUUGGAGUACUUAAAUCACUGCACCUAGUACUUAUUGGUGGCGAGUACGUUAACGUAUGUAUACCUUAAACCGAACGGUGGUCGUAUCGUGAAUAAAAUCCAAAACUUUUUA